UCCGCUUCUUCGUUCACUCAGAUGAAAGAAAGCAAAAUAGGGGCGUGUACAGCCUCACGGCACAUCGCUUCUUUAUUUUACAACCCAAAAGCAGGACCUCCACACCUUUUCGUUCUUGGCACAAUUACUCUCCGAAACUUUCCGUCAGAACCAAUAAAUGCCCUGCAUAGGCGUGCGAGAAAUAAAAGAAAACACGAUAAUUUCCCAAUCGGGAACAAUAACGUUGGUCCGAGAAAAACCCGAAAUUCGAGGCACGGAUUCUCCCUACUCUCUCUUCCAUGCAUCCCCUUUGUACCCCGGGCAGUAUGAAACCGGAGAUCGUCGCCGCCGUCGGCUUUCUGUCCAGAUUUCUGCGGAUUAAAGGAAACGUCAACGACCGCCAGGUUCAAAUAUUCAGCCAGUCUCUCCAGGAAAUCCUUACAGAGCAAUACAGGCACCACUGGUUCCCCGACCGGCCCUGCAAGGGCUCGGGCUACCGCUGCAUCCGCAUCAACCACAAGAUGGACCCGCUGGUGGGGCAGGCGGGCCAGCACGUGGGCCUGAGCACGCAGCGGCUGUACGGCCUGCUGCCAAGCGAGCUCACGCUGUGGGUGGACCCCUUCGAGGUGUCCUAUCGCAUAGGGGAGGACGGCUCCAUCUGCGUCCUGUACGAGUCCCAGCCCGCCGCCCCCGCGCCACAGCCCCCCCUGCUGGACAGCCGCAUCAGCUGCAAGGAGGAGCUGCUCCUGGGCCGGGCCGGAGGAGCUGCCGGCUUCGGCAUGAUGGCGGUGUCCAGCUAGAGGCCCCGCCCACCUGGCCCAUCGGGACGGGACCAGGAAGGAGGUGAAAUGAGGGGGAUGGACUUCUCGUUGGGGUUUUGGGGUUUUUUGGGUUUUUGUUUUUCCUGAUUUGGCUUUUUGGAGGGACUCUGUCGUGGGGCAGAGGACGUGGGGACAGCGACGGGACUUUGGAUGAGAGAAAGUGCCCCCCCUUGGGGACGGAAGGUGAACUGUCCCUGCUGGAGAGAUUCCAGAAUAUUACUUUGCACUUUUAAAUAAUGUUAAUGUCUUUCACUGCCACCACUUCCACACACACACAUGCACACGCACACACACACACACGCCAACCCAGCAUGUACAGAACUACUUUCAGGAUAAGCAUAAAUUGUUAUUUUUUUUAUAGAUAUUUCAAUUGCUAUGAAUUUAGUGGGGUUUUUUUGGCUAACGGAAAAGCAGUAUGGGGUGACCUGACUCUGCACUACGUUUUGGAAGCUUAUCUUUCCCAUUUAAAACGGAAGCUCAUUUAAACGGAUCAGACCAGAGCAGAACAGCGUUGGCUCUCUCUCAGACAGAGCCGUCGCCUGCAGCAAGUGUACCUGUGGGACAGGUGAGGCGCUGCAGGGCGUGUGGUGCCCCAUAUCACUCUCGCCAGCCCAGGAGCCGGGGGCCGGACACCAGUAAGGGCAGCUAAAUCCACUCCGGCCCCUGGAGCACUCCUGCUGGCUGGAGGGCGAAGCCAGCACGCGCACUGAGCACGCUCUGUAGGGCCCGGCCCUCCCCCACUGAGAGAGAGAGAGAGAUGGGUGGGGCAGUGGGCGGGGUCAAGGUGAACAUCAGUGGAUCUUCCACAGGUCAGAUUGCCCCCCCCCCCACACACUAACACACACACACACACACACAGACGCACACACACACACAUGCACACACACCUCAUGGCUGACACAGAUGCCAGGAGACUGAAGCCAGAGGGAAGCUCAUUCUUUUCUUACACUAUUGAUCAACUGGACGCACCCCCCUCUACAUGUGAACUUUGACCCCUCUGCAAUUAUUAGUGCUCCUUUUAUGUCUGGUGUGCAGCAUUUGUGCAGCGUCUGGAGUUGUCAUAUUUUUCCCGUGUGUAAUUUAGCAAAUGUUGGUGAUUCAUCGAGAAUGCUCCGAAGUUUUUCUAAAUCUUCUAUUAAUCAAAAACUCAGAUUUGUUAACCCCCCCCCCAAAAAAAAAACUCUUUCUGUCCCCGCGGCACAAAUGGUCUCUAAGGAUGCCUUUAGGUGGGUGUGGCCACAGGAGUGGGAGGGGCUAAGCAGAUUAAAUGCACUAACAUAUGAAGGCAAACUGUCGUGAAAAAGACAGAAAUCUGUCCAGGAAUGUACUGCCGAACUCAGGCCAAGAGACCAGACCUUUAUAAAGUCACUCAAAUACUGUUAUUGAAUUAUUAUAUGAGAAAUAGGGGUGUACCGAUCGAUCGGCCGUGGGGUGGAACCCGCCAGUUUUUGCUCCAGAACACGCGAUCGGUGACCAGUGGAUUUUGGCCGAUCUGUGGUUUUGUGAUGUAAGAAAGGAGAGCAGAGGCCAUUUGCAAGAUGCACUGGAACGCUGCCACUCUGUCUUUCAACAAAAUGUCCGCCGUCUGGAAGUGAUACGAAGUGUGUGAAGCAGACAUUAAAAAAAAAAAAACCUGGGUCUUAUUUUCAUAAUAUUUUUCAUCAAUCCUAUCAGUUCUGAUGUUAUUUUAUGUAACUGAUUCAUUGUCAGAUUUUGGCUUUUUAGAUGUGUUUUUUCCCCUCUAUGCCAGUAGCUUCACCACCGCAUCUAUGGGGCACAUCAGGAUAUAGUACAGGUUCAGUUUACCUCAAACAAGUCCGGUUUAUCUAAACCUACUAAAACUAUUGGGAAGUGAAAAUGUAAAUUUUUAAAUUUGUCGACAAUUUUUAAUAAUUCUGUCUGAACUAGCAGAAUUGACCACCAGCUACACAAUUCUGUGCGCACAAAAAUUCAAUUUAGCUCUUUGUCUGUGUUCUGAUUCAAAUAAAUAUAGUCGGCAAUCAAAGUGGAGAGGUUUGACCACACCCUCGUAAUAGUCUGAUGAAUAAUUAGCUAGUGCAACAAGUUCAGGAUUUGAAUUUUCAACAUUAUCAACAUUAUAAGGAAAAAUACAUGGACUCUACUUGCAUCUUUGGACCGGCCUACUAGAGAAAUGGACUCUUCUGCAGCAGCUGCGGCAGAUGUCUCAUUGCACUGAAUCUCCUAUGAUAAAGCACUGCCACACAUCAUGGUGUGAAGCCAUCUAAACACAUUCUUCUGCCUUGGCCUGGUGGCUACGACAACAAUAUAACAAUAAUGCUGUUGAAAAUUAUAAUCAUAAUGAAAAUAUCUGAAUGUACUGGUAGCCCAUAAGGCAAAUGAACAAUCUUAUGUUUUCUUUGUUACCUGUAAAAUAAAAAAAUCGGCCAUCGCAAUUGACUGAUUCGGCUUUUAAAAAUCGGCAACCGGAAUCGGCCAUAAAAAUUUAUGAUCAGUGCGCUAAUGAAAAUGUUUAUCAUCACAUAAAAUAACUUUGUGUUUAAUCGUGAGAACUGGCCAUUCAGCCAUCGUAAAAGAGUGAUCCAGGAAUCCAUUUCAUUCUGUGGUUUGAUUUAUUAUUUGUUUUUAAGAGAAGACAUUAUGCUGGCACAGGACCAAAGCUGUAUUCUUAAGGUAGAAAAAUGAGUUUUGCUGAUUAAAUCUGCCCUCUGUUUUGUUUUUCUUUAAAAAAAAAAAAACUGAUAAAAUGGGGAAAAAAAGUUGCCCUUGAAGAAGUGUCAUGUCACACCUUUGUGAUGUCAUGUUCCUACACCUCUGUGAUGUCACAACCAUACACCUGUGAUGUCACGUGCCUGUGCACCACUGUUCUACCCCGUCCUCAGUGGGUGAAUCAUGAUGAACUGCUGUAAAUUUGUACAGUUGGUGUAAAUUGAUUGUGAGGAAGUUGUACAGAUUUCUAUAUUUUGGAAGAAAAGAGUUUUUCUCCUCUUUAUUAAAACUUUUGCUCUGUCAACAUUC